AUGUUUGCGAUUGAGGAUCAGCCACAGCUCAUAGGUGUUCAAGAUAUCUCGGGUGCUGAGGAUCGUGAUAUUUACCAAUAUCUGCUCGCAUGUACUGAUUCCGAUGCGGACGAUUUGUGCGUCUGUGAGUGCAAAUUGGAAGUUUCAACUGAUGUGAAUGAUUUGGUGCUUUGCGAUGCGAAGAGAUUUGCGGCUGCAAUGAACGAUGGUUCGGUAAGGGUGGUUGCUUAUGACGAAGGUGUCAUCGAACCGGUCACAGUCUACAGCAAUUUACAUGCAGAAUGCUCCUGCAACGCACUGUGUUUCAACGGUGGCCGAGGUCUGGCAAGUGUUCGCUCGAUUGAAACAAUCGGUGAACAGAUAUUCGUUUCGGCUCAUCUGGACGGCCAGAUCUGUCUGUGGGAUCUACGAAAAGAAACGGCACCGCUAGCGAAGCCAACGUUUUCGUGGCGUGUCACGGAAUACUUCCAGGGUGCCACAGCUGUUACCGCUCAUCCAGCUGAACGCAAUUUGAUCGGUUUUGGCACGGAAGAAGGUGGCAUUGGUUUUCUGGAUACCCGGCAAAGCAGCUACAUUUUGAAUACAAUUGCUAUGCCAUUUCCAGUUGGA